AUGUCCCAAGAUAACAACAACAACGGCGGCCUCCUUGGGGGACUCACCGACACACUCGGCAAGACAGUCGGCGGCGUAACCAACACCGCUGGCGGCGUGGUCGGCGGAUUGGGUAACACACUCGGCGGCGCAACCGAAGGCCUCGGAAAGACCGUUUCCGGUGCCACCGAGGGUCUGGGAAAUACGACUAAGGGUGUCGGGCAGGGAGUGCAGGAUGGGGUGCAGAGUGUUGGUGGGAAGGACCAGACUGCUGAGAACCCGCUUGGGUUGAACCGGUAG